GCCGUCCCGCCCCCGCCUCCCCCGAACCCCGCGCGUAGCUUCCCCUGCGCCCCGCGACCCCGCAGCUUCCGCCCACCCAAUCCCUACCCACGGAGCCCUGCGCUUCGCGUUCCCAGAGUCCCCGCGCCUCCCGCUCCCGGACGCUCGGGUCUCCCGCACGCUCCCCAAACUUCCUACGGCGGUAGGCCAGCGCCAGCUCCACCGCGCUAUGGCCGCCCCCGACCUGUCCACCAACCUCCAGGAGGAGGCCACCUGUGCCAUCUGCCUCGACUACUUCACGGACCCGGUGAUGACCGACUGCGGCCACAACUUCUGCCGCGAGUGCAUCCGGCGCUGUUGGGGCCAGCCCGAGGGCCCGUACGCCUGCCCCGAGUGCCGCGAGUUGUCUCCGCAGCGAAACCUGAGGCCCAACCGCCCGCUCGCUAAGAUGGCCGAGAUGGCGCGGCGCCUGCACCCGCCGUCGCCGGUCCCGCAGGGCGUGUGCGCCGCGCACCGGGAGCCGUUGGCUGCCUUCUGCACUGACGAGCUGCGCCUGCUGUGCGCGGCCUGCGAGCGCUCCGGGGGACACUGGGCGCACAGGGUGCGCCCGCUGCAGGAUGCGGCCGAGGAUCUCAAGGGCAAGCUAGAGAAGUCUCUGGAGCACCUGCGGAAGCAAAUGGAGGACGCAUUGCUGUUUCAGGCCCAGGCGGAGGAGACCUGCGCUUUGUGGCAGAAGAUGGUAGAGACCCAGCGGCAGAAUGUGCAUACGGAGUUCGAACGGCUGCGCCGCCUACUGGCGGAAGAGGAGCAGCGGCUGCUGCAGAGGCUGGAGGAGGAGGAACUGGAGGUGCUGCCCCCGCUGCGGGAGAGCGCAGCCCGGCUGGGGCAGCAGAGUGCCCAGCUGGCCGAGCUCAUUGCUGAGCUGGAGGGUCGCUGCCAACUGCCAGCGCUGGGGCUGCUGCAGGACAUCAGGGACACUCUGCGCAGGGUCCAGGACAUGAAACUGCAGCCACCCAAAGUGGUGCCCAUGGAGAUGAGGACGGUGUGCAGGGUUCCGGGUCUGGUGGAGGCCCUGCGGAGGUUCCGAGGGGACGUGACACUGGAUCCUGACACCGCCAACCCUGAGUUGGUCCUAUCAGAGGACAGGCGGAGUGUGCGGCGGGGGGACCUGCGGCAGGUUCUGCCUGACAGCCCUGAGCGCUUCGACCCCGGGCCCUGUGUGCUGGGCCGGGAGCCCCUGACUUCCGGCCGCCACUACUGGGAGGUGGAGGUGGGCGAGCGGGCCAGCUGGGCCCUGGGUGUCUGCAGGGAGAAUGCCAACCGCAAGGAGAAGGGCGAGCUCUUCGCCGGCAACGGGUUCUGGAUCCUGGUGUUCCUGGGGGGCUUCUACAACUCCUCCGAGCCAGCCUUUGCUCCCCUGCGGGACCCACCCCGGCGCGUGGGCAUCUUUCUGGACUAUGAGGCUGGGCACCUGUCCUUCUACAGCGCUACUGAUGGGUCGCUCCUGUAUGCCUUCCCUGAGACGCCCUUCUCAGGAACGCUGCGGGCUCUAUUCUCCCCAUUGUCCAGCAGCCCAACCCCCAUGACCAUUUGCAGGCCCAAGGGUGGCCCUGGGGAUGGGCUGGCUCCGCAGUGAGCAGGCCUCUCGACCUUUUCCUAUCUUUGGGUCUUUGAGGGUGUCCUGAGCCACAGAGGGUGACCUGAGCCAUGGGAGGAGCUCCCAGUGUUGCUUAAUGAGUGUGGUAAACCUUUCUCCCCAUCACUCCCUGGAAGCCAUGUGCGAGUGUGGGGCCAUCAAGGUCCUCUCCCGGGAGACCUUCCACAGCCAUUCGGUGUCGAGACCCCAUUACCAGUGCAUUGCUCACAGCCCUGUGUAGAGCCUGACCCUGGGGCCCCGACAACCCUGGGGCUGCACCCCAAGAGAGCGGUUCUGUGAGGCUGCUGGGGGUGAGAAGAGCCCACCAGCCUGUUUCGGGGUCUGGUCCUAGAAAAUGGGGACGGGCUGUGGUUGCCUCAUUAGGGUGCAGCAGAUCUCAGGAGGGGGGAUGUGGGAAAGGUCAAAGGAAGAAAACAGAUGCAGACGGUGCUGAAUGAGGGGCCAAGUAACCUGGACACGGGCCCUUAAGUCUCCCAGCGCAGACUACUUGCAGCUUCUGCAGAAGGCGUCUUCCCACCUGGGAGGUGUGCGCUGGCUCUGUGGCCCCAGAGUGAUGCUCUGGUCCUGCCUGGGCGAGGGGCAAGGUCUCGGAGAACUCACACUUGCAGAAUCCAGGAUUCACUUUUUGCUAAAGUUUUGGUGCUUCACAAGAAGGAGUGGGGCAGCAUCUCUGCACCUCGAGAUUCUGUCUAUUGUAAGAACUGUCCUCACAGUGAAUAAACUUAACUGUUGACUGUA